CACUCGACGUUACGUCGUUCGGAAAUGGCAAAUGCCAGAACGUAGUCAGAAAGAGACGAAACUUUUCGGAAGAUAGUUUAGUUUUCCUUGAUAAAUUAUGAUUCAUAAAGAAGGACUGAUGUUAGAAAUAUCUAUGAUUUAAGCUAUAUUGUCAGAUCAGUUGCCGAAUAUAAUAGGCUUCCUGUUUCUCAGUUGUAGCCUAAUUGGUUGUUCGUUUCAGGGAAGCAGCGAUCUGUCGCAAGAUAAAUGACCAAGAAGUUGUUUGUUGAACAGAGAAACGAGAUCGGGAGGAAUUUGAACAUUUGCGUUGAUAGAAACAAACUGAAAAGAUGACGAACAGAGAAGACGAAUAUGACUAUCUUUUCAAAGUGGUGCUCAUCGGUGACUCAGGUGUAGGGAAGAGUAACCUGCUGUCCCGAUUCACCCGGAACGAGUUCAACCUGGAGAGCAAGAGCACCAUCGGGGUGGAGUUUGCCACGCGCAGCAUCCAGGUGGAGAGCAAGACUGUCAAGGCCCAGAUCUGGGACACGGCCGGCCAGGAGCGCUACAGAGCCAUCACCUCCGCAUACUACCGUGGGGCAGUCGGGGCUCUUCUGGUCUAUGACAUUGCCAAGCACCUGACGUAUGAAAAUGCUGAGCGCUGGCUGAAGGAGCUGCAGGACCACGCAGACAGCAACAUUGUCAUUAUGCUAGUGGGGAACAAGAGCGACCUCCGCCACCUGCGGGCCGUACCGACGGAUGAGGCCAAGGCAUUUGCAGAGAAACAUGGGCUGUCGUUCCUAGAAACCUCAGCGCUAGACUCUUCUAAUGUGGAACUGGCUUUUCAGACCAUCCUCACAGCCAUCUACAACAUUGUGUCACAGAGGCAGAUGUCAGGGCGCAGCGAUGCAGAUUUCUCACCCAGCUCCAACGUGGUGCCCAUCACUGUGCAACCCACACAGAACGCCUCGAAACAGGGUGCGUGCUGCCAGAACAACUGAGGCCCUGCCACCCUCUGCCACCACAGAGACAACACGGACAACACAGGCUAGGGACAAAGAGGUAGACAGGGGGAGCAGUAAGGUAGAGGAGGAGGGAGAAGAUAGAACAUUUGAAACCGGUAUGGAUGUUGUAUUUACCCUCCAAAAGAACCAGAGACAAAGAAAGCAGGCAGAGGAAAUGACCUGGAAGGCACAGACAGAUAGACAUAGAGGCUAUAAAACACGGCCGACUCAGACAUGGACUACCAAGACUCCCCGACUUCUAGUUGUAUUGUUUUAAUGACCAUAGAAUGUUUUAGCCUCUUUAGCCUCUAUGGCUCUGCCUUUACUUGAUCAGCGUUAAAAAAAGAAGAAAAAAAAAAAGGGAUGGAGUUUAAGGUAUCUUUUAUUGGCGAGAGAGGGGAAGACAAUUGACCCGAGAUGGAAUCAAACCCGGGCCGAUGGUAAGCGCUCUACAUUGGGGCGCCCCUUGAUCAGCUUUAAAGCUGAAGGACAUGAACUGAAUAGAAUAAAAUAAGAAAGUUUGCAUAUUACAAGAAUCAUCCCACCAAGAGUCAUUUUUCCACAUUUGUAUGCUUAAGGCAGAGUCAACUGAUCUCUUAUUAAGGUAUAAUUUAAUAAGCGCAGUCCCAUUGCACAGACGAAAGCAUUAACAUUCAGCAGUACAAGAAAGGACCAACUUCACAGAAUUGCGACCGCCCUUUUUCCAUGAUCAGUCUCCUUUUCUUGAAUGUAUUAGGGUCAAUGUACCAAUGAUAUUUAUUUAACACUAUGUUUGAUCUGAGGGUUUGUGCAAAAGUGCAACACUGUCUUGCUCUAAUCAGAUGCUGCUUACUCAAUAUGAAGGGUGUUUUCCUGUCUUUUUGGUUCUCUUGUUUUCACUGGUAAUUCAAUCAUUUUAAGAUCAAGUUAUUAGAUGUAACUACCCUUGGCUAGUGGUGGAAUAAAGCCAUGUUAUCCUCUACCUGGUAAAAUAUGUUAGUCCAAUUAAAUUUACAGGACAAUCUUGUCAGAUUUGCAAUCAGAUUAAUUUUUCAUUCACACAACUCUGCUCACCACUGAGAAAGAAAAACCUGUGCUUGUGUUUCAAACCCAUCCGUCCGGUCCAGACCGGAAUUGCCUUUACCAUUUUAUUGUUUCUUUUCUUUCAAUGUAGUCCGAUGGGGCAUCUAGAUUUCAAUUGCAUCUAGCCAUUUCAACAGCCCACACCCCUCCCCCCCUACUGUGGCUAGGAAGACAUUAAGGUUCUUGGGUGGGGUUAGCGUGGGUGGCAGUAGCCUAUACCAUAGUUUCUGAAUGGAGCCUGUUGCGCUGGCCCCUGAUUGGCAAGACGGAUGGGCCAAUCAUGUUACAGAGGUCACAGGUCGUAGGGCCACUCAGUCCAGUAGUCUCUGAUGGUCCGAGGACUCCUUGUUUUACUGUAAAGGAAAUCAUCCGCUGGCCACCUGCCCUAUCGUAUGUAACUGGAACAGGAUCAUGCCUUUUGGGAUCAUCUCUCAUCAGUGGUCCAGGUCUUUUUAUAUGUGGUUCUUUUUUUCUGGGCCAGUGUAGUUUUGUUAGUGGCUAUAGGUUUGCAAGGGUAUGGCAGUGGGUAGUAUCUAUAGGUCUACAUGUUUUGGAGAAGGGCUAGGCAUUCAGAGAUGGGUUUUUCACAGUAAACGGGAAACGUGUAGACUGACAUUCUGCGUAAGUUUUCCACAAUGUUGUGUUUUCUGGUCACUUCCUCAAUGCUUAAUUGAAUGGUUUGAAGGUAUGUUUUUAAAUAGUAAUUCUUAUAUCUGUAUAUUUGGAUAACAAUGGUAUAAAUAAAUUACAUUUAUGAAGUCUG